CAUAAAUCCAUUACCCUCCUCUAUACCAUCCUCCCUCUAUCCAAAAGACCUGUACCAAAGAGUACCAACCCCCAAAAUGACACCCAAACUCACCACCCCCCUCCUCUACAUCACAACAAUCCUCCUCCUCCUAACCUCCUUCAUCCUAACAACCUACACCCUAACCACCUACCUCCACCAAGCCACGCACCUCACCACCCUCGUCGCAAAAGUCCACAUCCAUAACCAUCCCAUCCUCAUCACCACGUCGUAUCAUAUCUUCGCCACCAUCUGUACGGUAGCUGCAUACACUACCUCCUUAUUCCACCUCUGGCGGUCUUCCUCCACCACUACCAACUCCACCAAAUCCACCCGCCUAUCCUGGAUUUACAAAGCACUCACCAUCCUAGGCCUGGUGUUUCUGACGACCAGCGUCAUCGCUUACACCAUCAUCCUAGCAACCGGGGAAGUCACUUUCGGGGAUUCGGUAGGGCCGAGAGUGACGGUGUAUUUGGAUGAAAAUGAGGGAGAGGCGGAUGUGGUGUAUAAGGGGGAUGGGGUUGCGGUGGCGGGGUGUGUGGUGGGGUGGGUGGGGUGGGGGGUUAGUAUCGUGAGUUGUGUGAUGAUGUUGCUUGGGGGGAAGGGGAUGGGGUUGGGGAAGAGGGUCGAUGGGGAGAGGGGAGAGGGCGUGGAGAAGAAGGUGGAUGUGGAGGUGGAGAGUGAGGUUGGGUCGUUUGGGGGGAGACAGGUGUAG